UUGCAGGGAAAGCUGUGGAGAGUCAGACCUGACGUGCAACACGGAAAGCACAGACCUGCACUGAGCAACACCGCCACACGCCCCCGUCAUGUCUGCCACACAUUUCAACAGGGGCCCAGCCUAUGGCAUGUCAGCUGAAGUCAAGAAUAAGCUAGCACAGAAAUAUGAUCCCCAGCGGGAACAUGAACUGCGACAAUGGAUUGAGGAAGUAACAGGGAAGCGCAUUGGAGCCAACUUCAUGGAAAGUCUGAAAGAUGGAGUCAUCCUGUGCGAACUUAUCAACCAACUCCAACCUGGAUCUGUGAGAAAAGUGAAUGAAUCUACCCAGAACUGGCAUCAGCUGGAAAACAUUGGCAACUUUAUUAAGGCUAUCACAAGAUAUGGGGUGAAACCCCAUGACAUUUUUGAAGCUAAUGAUCUCUUUGAAAAUACAAACCACACCCAGGUCCAGUCAACCUUGAUUGCUUUGGCUAGCAUGGCCAAGACAAAAGGCAACAAGGUGAAUAUGGGAGUGAAAUAUGCUGAAAAACAACAGCGGAAAUUCCUGCCUGAAAAGCUGAAAGAAGGAAGGAACAUCAUUGGACUGCAGAUGGGCACCAACAAGUUUGCCAGCCAGCAAGGCAUGACAGCAUAUGGCACGCGUCGACACCUCUAUGACCCAAAAUUGGGCACAGACCAACCUCUAGAUCAGGCCACAAUCAGUCUACAAAUGGGAACCAACAAGGGGGCUAGCCAGGCGGGCAUGACAGCUCCUGGAACAAAGCGACAAAUCUUUGAACCCACCCUUGGCAUGGAGCACUGCGACACCCAGAAUAUUUCCCUGCAGAUGGGCAGCAACAAAGGGGCCUCACAGCAAGGCAUGACUGUGUAUGGGCUGCCGCGGCAGGUUUAUGACUCCAAGUAUUGUCUCACACCCACCUAUCCCAUAAUUGGAGAUGAGGAGGACCAGUACAACCACAGUCAUCAUAACUUCUACAACUCUGAAUAGCCAGCAGGAGUCGUGGGACAGAUAUAAAAUAGAGACACCAGCACUGCAAGGCGCUUCCUAAAAGAUCCAUCGUCAAGUGGUUAUUUUCACCCAGGAAUAUAAGAAGAUUCAGACAGUUCCCUAAAUUGCUAACUGCUCACUAAAGACUCCUUAAGCCAUGCCAGAGCCAGGCUUCCCCAUCACUGAGCCUUAAAGCUUCACCUUGAUAUCCUUCACGCUUUAUUUGACUUAUCAACUACUGUCACUGCUUUUGAGCAUGCACUAAUAUGGCUCAAAACCCUCAGGAUGGAAGGUCAAAUAAUAAAAGCAGUAGGCUGAGAGAAGUAGAAACAAGAGAA